CCUUUUCCUUUACCCACCUCACGCCAAGGGGCGCUUCGCACAUGAAACUUCAAACGCAUUGUCACGACGUGCACGUCUGUAGCAAGAGCGCGCAGUCCUAGCCAAGCUAACGGACGAUGAAGACGCUGUUGAUUGCAGUGCUGUGCCUUCUGGCUCUGCUGCAAGUCUCGGAGGCGGGGAAUGCCCCGCGACGAGUGUCCAUGAUGGUGCCCUCGGCGGCGCGAAGGCGCGCCGGCGCCAAGCCCAUAGGGACAUUACCCUCGAGAGAAGGCUACGUAGCACCGCCGUGGCCCCCGCGUCACACGGGGCCUAAACAUCCCCAACCAGACAUCGCUGGUCGCGUUGCGGGUCGCAGUCACAAGGGCCUCUACAUUAUCAACGGAUCAAACGCCACCGUGGGCCAGUUCCCGUGGAUGCUCGGCGUGUUUAUAGACCUCACGUUCUUCUGUGGCGGCUCCAUCAUCGGCGAGAGAUGGGUGCUCACCGCGGGCCACUGCGUGGACGGAGGCAAAGCCUUCGAGAUAACAGCUGGGACGUUGAUGAAGACGGGAGGCACCGAGGCGACUAGGCAGGUACGCACGGCCACAGCCGCGUCUGCUUAUCGCCACCCCGACUACAACUCCCAAUUCGUCGACAACGACAUAGGAGUCAUCCAAGUCGAAAAACCAUUCAUUUGGAAUGAAAACGUCGUGCCAGUGCGGCUUCCGUCCUACUCCAUGGCCCUCGACAUGAUGGUUGGCAAGAGAGCGACCAUCAGUGGGUGGGGAAAGACAUCAGAUGAUAUUUUCAAUGAAGGCCCUCCAAACCUUUUGUACGCCAACCUUCAGAUAGCUGAUGGAUCUAUAUGCUUCGGCCAUUAUGGGACCACCUGGAUUCCCAACAAGAUAUGCAUUGCCACAAAAGACGAAGGGAAGAGCACCUGUCAGGGCGACUCAGGUGGUCCUUUGGUUAUCAAAGAAGACGACGGCAAAUGGACAGAAAUUGGCCUAACUUCCUUCGGGGACUUGGAGGGUUGCGCCAAGGGCUUGCCUGUUGUUUUCACUAGGGUUGCGUCCUUCCUUGAGUUCAUUGAAACUACAACCAACAUCGAGGUCCGAGGAUGACCAACAUAACAAAUAAAGGCAUUGAAAUAAAAUAAAAGGGCAAUAAAACUCAAUGACAAAAGAAA